UAUGAACUGUGAGACUGGUUGAGCUGGCAGGACGGACGGUUAGUUCUUCUCUGUCUCUGAAACCAAACCCUCCAAACAAAGAUGAUAAAACACUGUCGGAGAUAUGUUUGGAAAUGGUGGACACUGCCGUUCUGGACAAACACCCUCAGAUGGCACCAAACAGCAGAUGGAACUUUUCUUCAUAAAACAUUUGAAUGCCUCUAUAUCAUUGACGGUGGUUCUGUAUGCAGAAGUGAGGAAAAAUGGAGGAUCCAACACAGUCUGCCGUGAAGUACGUCAAAGACGCCUGGCUCAAACUCGUGAACGAAUUAAAGGACCUUGAUGUGAUUUUAGAUAACCUGAAUGUACAUGGAGUUUUCACUAAAGAAGAGGUCAGUGUAGUACAGAAGGAGAAAAAUGAAUAUGAGGAACGAAGAACGCUACUGAGGAAAAUCACAGACAAAGGGGAAAAGGCCUGCUAUAAGUUCCUGAAGACCAUUGCCUCGAUGUGUAAGAGGAACUCUGGAAGGUUAUCAUCUCCCACUAAGAAAAAGCCUGACGCUUCUACUGAGGAUGAAGAGUUUGACCUGCAGAAAUGGAUCAGCGGCUUUUCUUUCAAGUCCGAACAGACGGAAAAUUACUACUCACAAGGACCAAGAUCAUGCUGCAGAUAUCAAGAAAAGUUAAAGUCAAAAGCUCUAAAGAAAUCAAAGAAAUUCUGGAUGGGAGACAGAAGUCUGUUUCAAGAAACAUACAGGCCUGAUCUGUCAUACACUCCACUUGUAUUAGACACACAAGGAGGAGCUUCUGCAUCUAAAAUUAAGAAAUUGAAGAACAAAAAGUGCAAAAAGAGCCGCCCCAAAAAACUCCAAACAUACCUCCCUGAGGACGACCUAGGAAUAUCCCCCAGUGAGCUGCUAAAAACACAGAGAGACAUACUCAUCGUUGGGAAACCUGGGAUUGGAAAGACUGCACUCAGUCAUGAGAUUUUAAAACUGUGGGCAGAAAGAGACAGCAGGGAGCUUGAUUACAUGUUUUACUUUGACAUAAGAGAAACAUCCCACAUCAGAGACGGGAUUAGCUUGGAGGAACUUCUUUUCAGUGAAUACUGUGAGCCAGAUGAAGACAAAGAAAAGGUGUCUGAGGACAUAAAGAAGUACUCUGACAAUGUUACCAUCAUUUUUGAUGGAAUCACAGACCUCUCCUCUUCAGUGGUGCGAAAAAUUGUAGAUGGGGACCUCCUUCCUUAUGCCAAAGUGAUCAUAACCUGCAGACCUGAUGAUGAAGAGGAGUUCUUACCUGGGGACUUUCUCAGAGUAGAAGUGAAAGGCUUCAAUGAGCAAACCAUUGAAAAAUACUUCUCUACUAUGCUUGGUGUGGACCAGAAUAAAAUUUUCAGCAACGUGGAGUUGUUAACUCUUUGCCAUGUCCCUCUGUAUGCGCUGAUGGUGGCUGCCUGUUUUUUAUCAGAGACACCAGAAGACUCGUCACAGCCAUGCAGUAUGACUGAAAUAUACAUCAACAUUGUCCGUCAUUGUCUUCAGCUGAACAGCAAAACAAACAAGAAACACCUCAAUUCCUUCAUCAAGGAGAAGAGAGCAGAGCUGCUGUCUUUGGCCGAGGCUGCUUUUCAUGCAACUGAGAGAAAAACAGUGAGCUUGACCGACCUGCAGUGUGACGACAGCUGUGUCCUGUCCUUCCUGAAACCACUUUUUGUCCAGGUGGCCCCCACUGAGACAACAACAUCAUACUUCUUUCUCCACUACACGGUGCAGGAGUUUUUUGCAGCAGUGUGGCUCUUGAAGAAUCCAGAUCAGAUUAAGAUUGUUUUUCAGCAAUGCCUCACAGAGGAGGGAAAGCACAUGAAACAUCUGAUCCCUUUCAUGUGUAGAUUGUUGACGAAGAAGAGCCCAAGUUUGAUGGAGUAUUUGAUUCCAGUUGAAGAGUUAAAUAACAUUUCUGAUUGGUUCUUCAAGGAAAUGAUAAGCACAUUUUUCUCUGCUCAGUGUAUGAAUGACGAGGCUGAUACUGAGGACACUGGACUUGAUGAAAGUGUGCUGUUCUUAUGCCAAUGCUUGUUUGAGUCUCAGAGUCCUGAGGCAUGCACCAACUUUCUAGAAACACUGGAUUACCAACUUGAUCUCAGUGGUGAGAUUCUGGACUCCUAUCUUUGUUGUGCUGUGGCCUACGUGGUCGCUCAGUCAAAGGAGAGGAAAAUACAGCUGAACCUUGAGGAUGCUUCUGUAUCAGAACAAGGAAUGAGACAACUGUAUGGAUGCCUUAACAACGUCCACUGGUGUGACCCUCUGCCCCGACAGCUGUGGGAAAUGGUCCUCCUCAGUGAAGGCCAGUUGAGCAAUGUGGACUUACUCAGCCUUGAUGGAAAUCAGAUGCACCUUCCAGUUCAGGGGAAAAGACAGCUGUUCAAAAGAGCAGUGUCUGUCAUGAAGAAUAUUCCCAAGAGGAUAAAUGUCUGCCUUCACUGGGACAACGGAGCAACUACAGUCAGCCAAAGUCUGUGUGAGGCCUUACUUGAGGCUCUGCCUUUCGUCACGUCACUAAGCUUCAGGAUGACCCACAACAGUCCAGGACUUGAGGACCAGGAGUCAGACCCCAGGACACUGGAGAGGAAGAAGAAGAAGCUGUUACUGGAUUUGUGCCUGAAAGCAGCCCUUGAUGAAGACCAGAGCUUUCACCAUGUAGUGCAUCAGCUUGUCUCGAUGUUUUCUGUUGACAAACACUUGCACAACUUUUUUGUUGACUUUUAUGAACACGUCAAGAAUAAAGGUUGUUCAAGUGUCAGACCAAAGCUGGAUCCACUUUUUAAGUCCGCUCCUAAAGUCUGGUCCAUAAACCUCUCAGAGAUCAACACCUCCAUCCUCCUGGAAGUGCUGAAACUCCUAAAGAAGACUAAAGUGAAUCUGACAGGCUACUCAGAUGAAGGCAGAGAAGUGAGGAGUUUCCUUCAGUGUCUGCCUUAUAUCUCACACCUCAGUUUCUAUGGCUGGUCUGACAGUGAAGUCAAGUUCUGUGGGAGUCUGUUCUGUGCAGCAGCAACAACAGAGAGAGAACUGCAGAGUGGAGAGAACACACUGGAGCUGUUAUCAUCAGUGUGCAGACAUCAAACAUUCCCCUUCACUGAUGAUGAUUAUGAGUACACUCGGUGUGAUUUCUUUCUGGAUCUGUACUCUCAUAUAAAGAACUAUGAGACCAAAACAGGCUCGAGUGUCCUUCAGCCAAUGCAGUCUUUUUUUACAUCAGAUCAGACUGUGUGGUCUGUAGACCUCUCAGAGAGAAAGACCUCCAUCCUCCUGGAAGUGCUGAAACUCCAAACAGAGAAAAUUCAUGUGGAGCUGAGAGGAUGGUCAGAUGAAGAGAGUGAAGUGAGGAACUUCCUUCAUUGUCUGCCUUAUAUCUCAAAGCUCAGUUUCUCUGACUGGUCUGACAGUGGAGUCAAGUUCUGUGGGAGUCUGUUCUGUGCAGCAGCAACAACAGAGAGAGAACUGCAGAGUGGAGAGAACACACUGGAGCUGUUAUCAUCAGUGUGCAGACAUCAAACAUUCCCCUUCAUUGAUGAUGAUGAUGAUGAUGAUUAUAGGUACACUCAGUGUAAUUUCUUUCUGGAUCUGUACUCUCAUAUAAAGAACUAUGAGACCAAAACAGGCUCGAGUGUCCUUCAGCCACUGCAGUCCUUUUUUACAUCAGAUCAGACUGUGUGGUCUGUAGACCUCUCAGAGAGAAAGACCUCCAUCCUCCUGGAAGUGCUGAAACUCCAAACAGAGAAAAUUCAUGUGGAGCUGAGAGGAUGGUCAGAUGAAGAGAGUGAAGUGAGGAACUUCCUUCAUUGUCUGCCUUAUAUCUCAAAGCUCAGUUUCUCUGGCUGGUCUGACAGUGGAGUCAAGUUCUGUGGGAGUCUGUUCUGUGCAGCAGCAACAACAGAGAGAGAACUGCAGAGUGGAGAGAACACACUGGAGCUGUUAUCAUCAGUGUGCAGACAUCAAACAUCCCCCUUCAUUUAUCAUAAUUAUGAGUACACUCGGUGUGAUUUCUUUCUGGAUCUGUACUCUCAUAUAAAGAACUAUGAGACCCAAAUAGGCUCGAGUGUCCUUCAGCCACUGCAGUCUUUUUUUAUAUCAGAUCAGACUGAGUGGUCUGUAGACCUCUCAGAGAGAAAGACCUCCAUCCUCCUAGAAGUGCUGAAACUCCAAACAGAGAAAAUUCAUGUGGAGCUGAGAGGAUGGUCAGAUGAAGAGAGUGAAGUGAGGAACUUCCUUCAUUGUCUGCCUUAUAUCUCAAAGCUCAGCUGCUAUGAUCAGGAGUUUUUCCAGUGUGUAUGUACAUCCAUUUCUGUCAGAUCCAGAGAUGAGGCUGAGCAUUUAGUUCACCUGCUGCAGCUCCUCGGAUUCACCCUUCACUUAACAGGAAAGUUAACCAGCAAAACAUGCAAGACUGUGGGACGAGUUCUUGGACUUUGUGGUUCUCAUGUGGAUCUAAACCUCACACCCAGUGCCAUGUCUGUCAGAGGAGCCUCACUCCUGUUCAGACAUGUUAAAACACUACACAGUCUGAGGCUUUCCAACAGCAUGGCCUUGCUUCUGUCUGGAUGGGUAAGAAGACAGGAGGUGCCCUGUCUGACUGUUACUGAGCAGCUCUCUCUUGCCCCUCAGUGGGGUCCAUCUUCAGAGAGAGUGUCGUUGAGGGUUGUCAGUAGUUUGGCAUCCCUGCUGCGAUACUGGACUAUCAGACAGCUGGACCUGACUGAGUCCUCAAUCCCUGCUCAGAGUCUCAGUUCACUGCUGUUUCAUGAUGGCCCUCUAAAAAUCAAGCUGCAUGAGUCAUUGUCCCAGCAGCUUCUCAACCUCCUCUGUGAAACUCAGGACGACGACUUUACCUCGGCCUUCUUGAGAAAGGUUAAUGGAGACCUGACCCCCUUCUCUCUGAACUGGGAGCUUCUUCACCGUCUUCUGCAGCUGUCAUCUCAGACCCUAACUGUGAACCUGAGGAAAAACCGCUUCUUACAGAGGAGCAUCACACCUCUGCUUCCCUUUCUGGACAGGAUUGUAUUUAAAAGGCCUUCUCCCAGAUUUGUGUUGACCACCAUCAGAGAAAUCUAUGCAACUCGUUCCAGCUCCGUUGUCCUCAGUUUUCUGAGGUCAUUUGAUCAUGUGAUCAGCCUGACCUGCAGAGAGAUGGACUCAGACGACUGUGCUGCUCUGCUCUUCACUCUCAAACACUGUGAUGGAGUUAAACUGAACCUCCUGUGGACCUCCAUACCAACGGAGGAAAUCAGAUCCAUCCUCUGUGCACUGGACAACGUUUCUCAACUCAGUGUUGACAGGAAUCUGCUGCUGAAGUUGGUCCACUGCUGUGCUGCCUCUGGUGACCUGCUGACAACAGCAGACAGUCUCCUCAGGGCUCUGCAGCACAGGUUAGAUCUGUCCCGUUCCUCCUGUGCUGAGCUGUCAGAGGAAGGUCAAAGUGAGACUCUCAGGCUGACGGUUGCUGACUGCAAGGCGGUCUCCACCGUCCUGACACGCAGCAGCAGCUGGGACACAGCCACAGAGCUCCAUCUACAGGACUGUGAGGUAGAGGACAGUGGACUAGACCUGCUGUUCUCUGUCCUGGAUAGAGUCCGCCUCAGAGCCAGUAAAGUUAUCCUCCUCCAGCUGGUGGCGCUGAUUCCUUUGGACUCAAUGAGACGGGCAGAGUACCUGUGUAAAGCCUUGGAUGGAGAGCUGGACCUCAGUAACACUGAGCUGGAUCAGGGGGCCUGUCAAGCUUUGGCGUGUAUGCUGGAAUUCUCUGAAGGCCUGAAAGAGCUGGACCUCAGUUACUGUCAGCUAACGAACCAACUACUGCACACAAUCAAGGAUCAUCUGCACAAAGUACAAGUCCUGGACCUGAGUCACAAUAAGAUCACUGAUGCUUCCACGUACACGUUGCUCGGACUAAUCUCCAACAACUCCUCCAUUGAAACAGUGCGACUCUUCAGAAACAACAUCAAACAUCAAACACUCUUAAAGACAGUCAAGAAGUUUGAAAUCUGGUGAACCAGCUGUGAGUGUGGUGUUCAUGUGCUGCUAAGGUCAAAGGUCAAUAACCUCAGAAUACACUGGUGGUACAAGUAACAAAGAAGCAGUGAGCAAAGUUAUCUGAUACUUAAAGUGGUAAUUACAACUUCAACUGACUGUUCCUUUACUGUACUCAUAUUUAAGGUCCAUGUUUAUAAUUAAAACCUUAAUACCUCUGA